UUCAAUAAGCCACAUUGUUGCAUGAAACUCCAGCGCAGGAGUCCCCGGCCGCCGCUAGCACCGCUGUGUCACCCGACUGAGAAGAUCCGUGGGCGAGAACAGUGCGCGUGUGAGCCAGAGAGGUCCGAUCGCCCUAGUGCCGCCAGGCUGCAGUUUUUCCCAACUAAAGCCUUAGUGAUCUUGCAGCUAAAGUUAGCGCCCUGACGGUGGGACAACCCGACACGUCGCCGGGAGUGAUUCUUGGGCGCUUUCUAUACUUGUGACUCCCAAAACCUGUUUCUAGAGACCCGAGACCCUCCAGCCGGGUGCGCCAUCGCCGUUAGCCUUUUUUUUGUGUGCCGCCCGGACUCAGCGCACCGGGCCCCGCCGCCAAGCCCGGGUAUAAAGCGGUCCUACCGCGCCGCCCUCCCCGCUCCCCGCACGCGCUCCGGCCUCGGUUUCCCAACUCGGCGCUGUCGGGCUGCGGCAGGAUGAUCGCCUCGCAUCUGCUCGCCUACUUUUUCACGGAGCUCAACCAUGACCAAGUGCAGAAGAUAUAAAUAGUUUGAUCAGGACCAUUUUCCCACUGGGACCGGAUCAGGUGGCCUCAGGAUCCGGGCCGUGGUCACCAGCCAUUCAAUCAGACUUGGCCUGGAAGAUGAGAUGGGCCCUUCUGGACCAGUGGUUGACCAGUAUCUCUACCAUAUGCGUCUUUCCGAUGAGACCCUCCUGGAGAUCUCUAAGCGGUUCCGCAAGGAGAUGGAGAAGGGGCUUGCAGCCACCACCCACCCCACGGCUUCAGUGAAAAUGCUGCCCACCUUUGUGAGGUCCACUCCAGACGGGACAGAACAUGGAGAGUUCCUGGCUCUGGACCUUGGAGGGACCAACUUCCGUGUGCUUCGGGUGAGAGUAACGGACAACGGGCUUCAGAAGGUCGAGAUGGAGAACCAGAUCUAUGCCAUCCCUGAGGACAUCAUGCAAGGCAGUGGCACCCAGCUGUUUGACCACAUUGCCGGAUGCCUGGCCAACUUCAUGGAUAAGCUACAAAUCAAAGACAAGAAGCUCCCCUUGGGUUUUACCUUCUCGUUCCCCUGCAUCCAAACGAAACUGGACGAGAGUUUCCUGGUCUCUUGGACCAAGGGGUUCAAGUCCAGGGGUGUAGAAGGGAGAGAUGUGGUAACUCUGAUCCGGAAGGCCAUCCAGAGGAGAGGGGACUUUGAUAUUGAUAUUGUGGCCAUGGUGAAUGACACAGUUGCGACCAUGAUGACCUGUGGCUAUGAUGACCAGAAUUGCGAGAUUGGUCUCAUUGUGGGCAUGGGCAGCAAUGCCUGCUACAUGGAAGAGAUGCGCUACAUCGACACGGUGGAGGGCGACGAGGGGCGGAUGUGUAUCAACAUGGAGUGGGGGGCCUUUGGGGACGAUGGCACACUCGACGACAUCCGCACUGAGUUUGACCAGGAGAUCGACAUGGGCUCCCUGAACCCUGGGCAGCAACUAUUUGAGAAGAUGAUCAGUGGGAUGUACAUGGGGGAACUGGUGAGGCUCAUCCUGGUGAAGAUGGCCAAGGAGGAGCUGCUUUUCAGGGGGAAGCUCAGUCCAGAACUCCUCACCACGGGCCGCUUUGAGACCAAAGACGUUUCAGAAAUUGAAGGGGAGAAGGAUGGCAUCCAGAAGGCCCGCGAGGUCCUGGUGCGGCUGGGCAUGGACCCGACACAGGAGGACUGCGUGGCCACUCACCGGAUCUGCCAGAUCGUGUCCACGCGCUCAGCCAGCCUGUGCGCGGCCACCCUGGCGGCUGUGCUGCAGCGGAUCAAGGAGAACAAGGGCGAGGAGCGGCUGCGCUCCACCAUUGGGGUUGAUGGCUCCGUCUACAAGAAACACCCUCAUUUUGCUAAGCGUCUGCAGAAGACUGUGCGGCGCCUGGUGCCCAACUGUGACAUCCGCUUCCUCUGCUCCGAGGAUGGCAGUGGCAAGGGGGCAGCCAUGGUGACGGCAGUGGCCUACCGGCUGGCCUACCAGCACCGAGCCCGCCUGAAGACCCUGGAGCCUCUGAAGCUGAGCCGUGAGCAGCUGCUGGAGGUCAAGAGGAGGAUGAAGGUAGAAAUGGAGCGAGGUCUGAGCAAGGAGACUCAUGCCAGUGCCCCUGUCAAGAUGCUACCCACCUACGUGUGUGCCACCCCUGAUGGCACAGAGAAAGGUGACUUCCUGGCCUUGGACCUUGGGGGUACCAAUUUCCGGGUCCUGCUGGUGCGUGUGCGGAACGGAAAGCGACGUGGAGUGGAGAUGCACAACAAGAUCUACUCCAUCCCACAGGAUAUCAUGCAUGGCACAGGGGACGAGCUCUUUGACCACAUCGUCCAGUGCAUCGCCGACUUCCUUGAGUACAUGGGCAUGAAGGGCGUGUCCCUGCCUCUGGGUUUCACCUUCUCCUUCCCCUGCCAGCAGAACAGACUGGAUGAGCUGGUGGGUGAAGCUGUGGUGCUCCCAGAUAUUCUGGACUUGAGCAUCCUCCUCAAGUGGACUAAAGGCUUCAAGGCGUCUGGCUGCGAGGGCGAGGACGUGGUCACCCUGCUGAAGGAAGCCAUCCACCGGCGUGAGGAGUUUGACCUGGAUGUGGUUGCUGUGGUGAACGACACAGUCGGGACUAUGAUGACCUGCGGCUAUGAAGACCCUCACUGUGAAGUUGGCCUCAUCGUUGGCACGGGCAGCAAUGCCUGCUACAUGGAGGAGAUGCGGAACGUGGAGCUGGUGGAAGGGGAAGAGGGGCGGAUGUGUGUCAACACGGAGUGGGGGGCCUUCGGGGACAAUGGAUGCCUAGACGACUUCUGCACGGAAUUUGAUGUGGCUGUGGAUGAGCUUUCCCUCAACCCUGGCAAACAGAGGUUUGAGAAAAUGAUGAGUGGCAUGUACUUGGGCGAGAUUGUCCGUAACAUCCUCAUCGAUUUCACCAAGCGUGGGCUGCUCUUCCGUGGCCGCAUCUCAGAGCGGCUCAAGACAAGGGGAAUCUUCGAAACCAAGUUCCUGUCUCAGAUUGAGAGUGACUGCCUGGCGCUGCAGCAGGUCCGUGCCAUUCUACAGCACUUGGGGCUCGAGAGCACCUGCGACGACAGCAUCAUCGUCAAGGAGGUGUGCACCGUGGUGGCACAGAGGGCAGCCCAGCUCUGUGGUGCAGGCAUGGCGGCGGUGGUGGAUAAAAUACGAGAAAACCGCGGGCUGGACACUCUCAAAGUGACAGUGGGCGUGGAUGGGACCCUCUACAAGCUACAUCCUCACUUUGCCAAAGUCAUGCGUGAGACAGUGAAGGACCUGGCUCCGAAAUGUGACGUGUCCUUCCUCGAGUCAGAGGACGGCAGUGGGAAGGGGGCGGCUCUCAUCACUGCCGUGGCCUGCCGCAUCCGUGAGGCUGGACAGCGAUAGAGUCCCUGAAGUCGGACGGGACUUCCGGUUCCCCCUCCUUUCUGCUUUAAAUUAUAGAUGCCAUCCCCCGUGGCAGAGACAGACCCCUCGGCUUUUACUUGGCAGAGAGGACCCUAUCAGAUUGGGUUUUAUCUCUGUGUAUACUCACUGUAGAGUUUGGUGCCCAAGCCUUGGCCCUCCUGAGAUCAAUACAGUUUGAAGUAAGGAUUUGCUCACACCUAUCGCAACUGUUCCCAUUGGUUCUCUUAAAACUUAAAACAAAUUUUAACCUUUAGUAAUCCCGUUGGCCAAAUUCCACAUUCCUGUGUGAUCCUACAGGAUGGGGACAAUAAUGGAAACAUACAGUUGCUUCAGAUGGGACCCUGAACACGACAUUUCUAGGUGGAGAAUGUCCCUGGCACGGAGAUUGAGACUGUUUUUCCUCUCAGAGAUCUAUGAGGUCUCCACUAACUUGAGCCUGAUUCUCCCACAGCAGAAGGUGGGGGAAGGAGGGGUGGCAAUAGGAUUCACCUUUGGCGGCCCCUCUUCAACCUCAUCUGCAAGCAUAUGCCUGGUGGGUUCCAGCAGAUGCUCUUCCUGGAAUGGAAGCAUCCUGAGUCUGAGCAAGCAAAACCAAAGCCAAGAGCUGAUACUUCCUGCCGAGUGGGCUUGUUGUCGCAUCUCCUUGUGGGUUCCUGAGUCAUCCAUGAGCAAUAGACCUUUGGGGGGAGGGGAACUUUUUGGUCUGUUUUUAAAAUUUUUCCUGAGAAGUGGAAACACUGUAUUUUCAUUUUAAUUUAUGUUUCAAAUUUGUUUCAUUCGUGAAGUACAUCUGCUCCUUCACCUUGAUACUGUAUGUAGCAAUCAAUUGUAUGUAAUGUAUUUAUAUGUUAAUUUGUUAUGUAUAUAGAUACAUGGGGGCUCUUCAGACUUGGCCUCACUGGUAGUUCAGUGUAGUUAAAGGAUGGAAGGUGAAGAUACUGACUGCUUACUAAAAAUACCUCAUUCGCCUGCGGGAAGAGAAGAGAAGACUCUUCAGGGUGAGUGAGCGGCCGAGCAGCUCCUUCCUGGCUCCUCAUUUCCCUGCAGACUUGGACACUCGGAAGGCAGCUGCGAGGGAGGAAGUGAAGGAGGUCGGGCCUUUGGGUUGAAGAAACACAGCAACUGGCUGCUCUGUCCAGAGACUUUCCUGGGGCAAUAUUACACGGGAUGUUAACCAAAGGAAACUGAGAUUGUUUCAAACAGACUCACUGUUUAGGAAUCUUUAUUCUUAGGCAGCCAGGAGUCUUUUAAAGACAAGAUAAAGGAAGCCACUAAAAACAUUUUUUAAAAAUUGUGUCUAACUGUUGAUAGCAAACCAAAACAAAACAAUGAAACAAUCAUACAAAUAAAACCUCAGGGACAACACUUUCGGUGGAUUCGUGCCCUCCUAGCAAAAUUGGUGUGUUUUGUAAACGUUUUACAAGAAGUGUUGUCCAAGGCCUUCUCUAGGCUGAGCUGUUUUUUAUACUCAGUAUUUAUAUUUUAAACUGCUGGGGGUGGGGUGGGGGUGGGAGUGGCAUAAAACCCCUCCUUUUCAAAAGUGUAGUUAAUUCUGAAUCUGAAGACCCACAUCUGCCCUAAAAUGUGUACACUCACACACAUUAUACCUGAAUACUACACGAUAAAGAGGGAAUGGUCUUGUAACAUUACAGAGUAGGAUACAAAAAUCAAAAGAGCAAGAUGGAAAGACACGACUCAAUAGCACCCAAUUUUCUUUCUUUCUUUUUUUUUGCUGAGGAAGAUUCGCCCUGAGCUAACAUCUGUUGCCAGUCUUCCUCUUUUGUAUGUGGACUGCCGCCGCAGCAUGGCCACCAACAGUGGUGUAGGUCCGUGCCCGGGAACCGAACCCAGGUCGCCGAAGCGGAGCACACCAAACUUAACCACUAUGCCAUUGGGCUGGCUCCAGUAGCAAACAAUUUUUGUACAUUUACCCAACUUAUACUGAGAACAGUGUCUAGAUUGGUGUCUCACUAAAGGAUGGCUGAGGAAUAGAGAUGAACUUUUACUUUUAAACUUGGAAACUAGGCACCAUUUAUGCAAUUGCACACUUUUUAAAGGUAGAGCUGUGCGUGUGGCUAUGUGUUCUUGGCUUCCAGAAAGGAACGCCGGCAACUGCAUUUUGGAUGUUUGUGUUCUCACGAUUAGGUGACAGUUCCUUGCUGACGCUGCUUUGCCUGAUGUAAAUACAGUGAAUCUCAUCUCUGUCUUUGGGACGUUUUGAAUAGUGGGUCAUCUCAAAUCCUCACAUUCAGUCUAGUGAAGAUGUCUGUACAAUAAAGAACUAGUUGAAUUAACUAUGUGAUGUUAACUAUUAUUAAUAAAUUUUAACAUUUUUCAAAAUA